AUGGUGGUGGACUCGAGGCUCUAUGAUGUCUUGGGUGUUGCGCCAGACGCAUCGACUGAUGAAAUCAAAAAAGCGUACAAAAGGCAAUCGCUUGCGAAUCAUCCGGACAAGAAUCCUGGCGACGAAACUGCAUCGCAGCGUUUCCAGGAAGUGGCUAAUGCAUAUGAGACACUGUCAGAUCUUGAUGCACGUGCUGCCUACGAUAAGUAUGGUGAAGAUGGAGGACCCGGAUUCCCUGGUGGUGGCGUUGACAUGGAUGAUGUACUGGCUUCCAUGUUCGGUGCAUCAGGCUUUGGCAUGGGGCCUCGAGCACCGCGCCGUGCGCAGGAUUCUGUGAUUCCAUACGACGUUACUUUGGAAGAUUUAUACAAUGGCAAGACAGCGCAUUUCUCGUUGGAAAAGAAUGUCGUUUGCUCGCAUUGUCACGGAACAGGCGGCAAGCCAGGUACUGUGCAGAAAGACUGUGUUACGUGCGGUGGCAAGGGCCGGCUCCUUCAACAGCGUCAUGCUGGAAAUGGCCUUAUUUCUCAGACAAUGGCUACGUGUUCUGAUUGUAACGGCAAGGGCAAGAAAUACCGAGAAAAGGAUCAAUGCAAAAAGUGCCGAGGCAGGUGUGUCGUUGGUGCCAAAGCGAAGCUGCGCCUCGAUAUCCCGCGUGGUGGUUAUGAUGAGCAGCGCAUAGUGUUUGAGGGUGAGGGCGAUCAGCUUCCUGACACCAAGCCUGCAUCCAUCAUCUUUGAGCUCCAUCAGAAGCCUCAUAGCACGUUCCAAGUUCGGAACUUGGACUUGCUUGCCAACGUUACUAUCACAUUGUCUGAAGCCUUGACGGGCUUUUCUCGUACGAUACUCACACAUCUUGAUGGCCGCCACAUCCAUGUAACACAAAAGAGGGGACAAGUCAUCCGACCUGGUCAGGUAGAUGUUAUUCGUGGUGAGGGCAUGAUGGACCAGCGUUACUACGACCGGAAAGGUGAUCUAUUCAUUCAAUGGAACAUUGAAUUUCCAACUGAUGAAUGGGCCUCAUCUGUUGAUGCAAAGGUACGUGCGUGUUUGUGUGUGUGCUAA